AUGAAUAGUUAACUUUUCAAGCUAAACUCUCACAAGCUACUCACAGUGCAACCCCUUACCUCAAACAUCAAGGGAAUCUUCUAGAUGGCAUAGAGAUCUGUGCAUAAAGAUACUUAGAGUGAUAAUGUCAAUAAGCUUCUAUACAGAGAAGACAAGGUGGAGUACGUUAAUACCAUGAACAAUUCACUAAGAUAUAUGGUUUCAACCGAUGAAAAGACCCAGAUUGAACAAAUGGCCAUCAACAGGUAUAAAGAUUUCGAUAGAUGGAAUGAAGAGAAAAACCAGUGGAAAGUUGCCUAGGAACAUUAUGGUCUUUCCAAGGAUAAGAAUAAAAGCUUUGUAAGUCAAAGAGGAGAUGAUAAUGAAAUUUUAAAUCCUUAAUAUGGUGGCAUGGGAGGGGCCUAAUACUUCUAAAUUCGUGGUAUUGGCGUCACAGGCACUUAAGGCGCAUCUAUGGCUUCUUGGAGACAAUUAGAUUCUAGGGAUGACAAAAAAGAAUGA